UCAGGAGACGACGCUGAGCUCGAGCUCGUCCCGUUUGCGCCACCGGCCGAGCGGCUCGCUGCGCCCUCUGUAGCCCCGCGUCCACCAGCGCGCGUCCCCGAUGGCCUCUCCGCUCAAAGUCUGCAUCGUCGGCUCCGGAAACUGGGGCUCGGCCAUCGCCCGGAUAAUCGGACACAACGCCACGUCGCUGCGUUUCGCCACCACGGUGAAGAUGUGGGUGUUCGAUGAGAGCGUCGGCGACAGGAAGCUCUCCGACAUCAUCAACACGCAGCACGAGAACGUCAAGUACCUACCCGGAUACAAACUGCCCGACAAUGUGGUGGCUGUCCCGGAGCUCCGCGACGCCGCGAAGGGAGCCGACCUGCUGGUGUUCGUGGUCCCGCACCAAUUCAUCCGCAGUCUGUGCGAUGAGAUGGUGGGCUGCGUCUCGGCCAAAGCCCGGGGGAUAUCACUCAUAAAGGGCAUAGACGCAGGUCCUGGGGGCCUGACCCUCAUCUCCGACAUCAUCCGGGAGAAGAUGGGGAUGGACGUCAGCGUCCUGAUGGGAGCAAACAUCGCAAACGAAGUGGCCGCCGAGAAGUUCUGUGAAACCACCAUCGGCAGUAGGAUCCUAGAGAACGGCCUGCUGUUCAAAGAGCUGCUACAGACUCCAAACUUCCGAAUCACGGUGGUGGAUGAUGCUGAUACGGUGGAGCUGUGUGGAGCUCUGAAGAACAUCGUCGCGGUGGGCGCCGGCUUCUGUGACGGGCUGCGCUGCGGCGACAACACCAAGGCGGCCGUGAUCCGCCUGGGGCUGAUGGAGAUGAUCGCCUUCACCAGACUCUUCUCCAAGAACGCCAACGUCUCCACGGCGACCUUCCUGGAGAGCUGCGGCGUGGCCGACCUCAUCACCACGUGCUAUAGCGGCCGCAACCGGCGAGUGGCGGAGGCCUUCUCUAAAUCGGGAAAGAGCAUCGAGCAGCUGGAGAAGGAGAUGUUGAAUGGCCAGAAGCUGCAGGGUCCGGCCACCUCGGCCGAGGUUCACCACAUCCUGCAGCAGAAGGGCCUGGUGGACAAGUUCCCUCUGUUCACGGCCGUCUAUCAGAUCUGUUUCCAGGGGAAGCCGGUCCAAGAGAUGAUCUCCUGCCUGCAGAGCCACCCGGAGCACAAGUGACGGGUCGGAGGGGUCGACUGGGCGCGUUCACACUCAGGGUUCAGCACGAAGUCCUGAAUGCUGUCAAGACAAUUCCAGUUAAACUCAGAGGGACAAAUGAGAUGCAAAAGUUUCCAGAUUUCCAACAGCGUUGUUCUUUGCGUUUAAUAGAGGAGGAAAGAUCUCAGCCUGACUGUGCCUCACAGGCACAAGUGUUUGGUCAGCACUUAACCGUCUCUGGUGCUCCGUCUCAUGAAUCGGCAGUAUCUAUUUUGAGAACAAAGCAUUCUCAACCUUCAAAGAAAUGACAUGCCGACAAGCACACUGGUCCGGGUGGACUGCACUGGUCAGGCAAUCUGUUUGUUAACUUUAAACACAUUUGUGUGCACAUAAUAUUACCAUUUGUGUGUUAUUUCAUUCUUUUACUAUCAGGGUUGUCCUCACCAAAUGUGACCAAAUGUUCUUGCGUUCUUUUCUGUAAUGAGUUUCUUAAAUAUGAUCAUUCAGGUUCUGUCCAUCACUUGAGACGAAGACAAUUGAGCCACUGGUCUGCGUCGCACUGGCGUCCCAGUUACGUCCUGUCCCAAUGCACAACAGCAGUGGCCCUUUACUUUGUGUGCCAGUAUUUGUUUUCACUGCCACUCAGGUGAACAUACACUGGUGUUGAAUGAUAUCAAAAUGAUUUCCUCUUAUAUCUUUGUUGGUACAUCUAGCACUGUAAAUGUUAAUACUGUUCUACUUAAAUAUAUGUUAACAAUGCCUACAGAUAAACCAGCACUGGCUCAGUGUUCGAUAUAUCAGGGGGGUUUCCGGGAGCUCCUCUUUAAACUGCCACGUUGAAAUAUUGUGUAGAGCUCUGUUCUAUGUAAGUGUUUAUCCUGUAAUAGUGAAACGUGUUCGGUGGAAACAUGUAAAUUAAAGCGUUAAUCUCACCAA